UAUGGAAAUGUACACUGGUGGGUCCCAUCGCUUAAAUAAAAGUGCAGGUUGUUGUCAUUAGAGUUCUCAACAGACUGGUUAAUGGUAACUACAACAAUGAGGCAUCAUCCUGCUUUAUUGCUUCUUUUGGAAAGUUUUUUACUUGUCUUCACAACAUGUAGUGUCCCAGGCUCUGAAUUUCGUCUGGAAGGAGAUUAUUUCAUGGGUGGACUUUUUGAUAUUCAUUAUGUCAGCGAAUCUCUUCAUUUCAAGCGACCAGAAGCCAUUGACUGCUCCAGUCAACCCUUCAGUCUGUCAAGCUAUCAGAGAUUUCAGUUGAUGAGAUUCGCUGUAGAGCAAAUCAAUAACUCCACCAACCUGCUGCCAAAUGUGUCUCUUGGCUAUGAAAUAUUUGAUCAGUGCUCAGAUAUACACAGUUUCUCGGGAAUUUUGAAUCUCAUCUCAGUCAGCGGCUUGAUCCAACCUUGGGGGGAACCAAAUAAAUAUCAGUCCAAACUGAACAAAGUCAUAGCAGUGGUAGGCCCUUUUUCCAGCACUGACACCCUGACCGUAGCCCCACUACUGAUGAUGGAUCUCAUUCCUGUGGUCAGUUAUGGAGCUGCUAGCUCUGUCCUUUCAAAGAAAGCAAGCUUUCCUUCUUUCCUACGUACAGUGCUCCCCAAUCAAGGGAUCAUAUGUGCGAUUUUUAAGCUCAUACAGCACUUCAACUGGCGCUGGGUUGCUUUCCUUUACAGCAACAACGAUUAUGGCAUUGAUGGACUGGAAUUAUUCCAAAAUAGGAUUGAAGAUACAGAGAUCUGCCUGGCAUUCAUCAAAGGCCUCAGAUAUGACACAAAUUACUUCCUAACGUUCCGAGAGAUAGAUGCACUGAGGAUAAAAGUCAUUAUUGUUUUUGCUCCAAAAGUGAUGGCAGAAACUCUCAUCGAAUCGGCAAUACAACUGAAUAUCAGCAACAAGGUGUGGAUAGCAGGGGACACCUGGUCCUUGAGCAAAAAACUCUCCAAGAUGGAAGGAAUCAGAAACAUUGGAACUGUACUUGGGCUGUCGCAGACAGUGAUGAACAUACCUGGCUUCAGAGAAUUUAUCUAUUCUACCAAGAGCCAGCCGCUUUGUGAAAGUGCAGAAGAGAAUAUGUUUUGUAAUCAGGUUUGCAACUGCAGUAGUCUGAGUGCUGAGGAUGUCACUUCUAUAGAGUCAUCAUUCUCCUUUCCUGUGUAUUCUGCUGUAUAUGCUACUGCGCACGCUUUGCACAAUGUCUUGCAGUGUGGAGUUGUUAAAUGCAAUCGCAACAUUACAGCACACCCACACUUGGUUCUAGCAGAGUUGAAGAAGUCAAACUUUACACUUUUAAACCAAAGUAUUCAGUUUGAUGAGAACGGCGACCCCAAAUUUGGAUCCUAUGCAGUAGUUUUCUGGAACCAAAGUGGUUAUGCAGAAGAGGUUGGCUUUUAUAAAUUUCACCCGUCAGCCUAUUUCAACAUCAGCAACAGCAAAAUCAAAUGGUUCACAGGGGGAGAAGUGCCUAUUUCACGAUGUUCCCCAGAUUGUCCUGGAGGAUACAAGAAAAAACAAGAUGGAAUACACAAAUGCUGCUUCAAAUGUGAAAUCUGUCCGAACGGAACGUAUGUCAACAGCACAGAGGAUCCCUUCACAUGCAUCAACUGCAAGGAGACAGAAUGGUCUGAAGAUGGCAGCACAUCAUGCAAUCUACGGGUGGUGGAGUACGUACCGUUCACAGACACUGGGGCUACAGUGAUUAUGUUCAUGACCUGGGUCUUGGUGGGCCUCACAGUAGCUGUAGCUGUUCUCUUUGCCAUCAACCACAACACACCUGUUGUCCGAUCUGCUGGAGGACCAAUGUGCUUCCUGAUUUUAGGCUGCCUCAGUCUGUGUAGUCUUAGUGUUUUCUUUUACUUUGGUACACCAACAGUUGCUUUUUGUGUCUUAAGGUCCCUUCCAUUUCUUUUGUUCUACACUGUUUGUCUAGCAUGCUUUGUUGUGCGCUCUUUUCAAAUUGUUUGCAUUUUCAAAAUAGCUGCCAAGAUCCCCAAUCUCCAUAGUUUGUGGAUGAAAUAUCACGGACAAUGGCUGAUCAUCACUGCAGCAUUUGUCAUUCAGGGCCUUCUACUUCUUAUUGGCUAUUCUUGUGGACCUCCCAGGCCUUACAAUGAAACUCUGUGGUACCCAGAAAAAAUCAUUCUUGGCUGUGACUCCAAUCUUAAAGCAACCUUGAGUUCUGUGGUUUUACCUUUAUUGAUGUGCUCACUUUGCUUCAUUUUCUCCUACAUGGGAAAAGAUCUCCCAAAAAAUUACAAUGAGGCCAAAGCGAUAACCUUCUGCCUCCUCCUGCUGAUUUUCACCUGGAUUGUCUUUGCCACUGUGUACAUGCUUUACCGUGGAAAGUACAUCCAAAUUCUUAACGCUCUGGCAGUACUCUCCAGUCUCUAUUCCUUCCUGUUGUGGUAUUUCCUACCAAAAUGUUACAUUAUCAUCUUUCAACCCCACAAAAACACACAGCAGUACUUCCAAGGUCUCAUUCAGAGUUAUACCAAAACAAUUAGCCAGUAACUUCCUUCACAAAUCACAUGUCAGUGUGUCUAGACAAUCUGCUUAUGGAGACACUGACUGACCUGUUUCAGAUUUUCU